GUACGAGCAGUGCAAUCCUGAUGACCCAUUUGGACGGGUUAUGAUGGAGAACCUCAAGGGACGAGGAUGUCCACUCAUAGGGUUGGGAAAGUACCCUACUGUCCAGUCGCAGUGUGAGCGAUAUGAGUCAUUGGGUUUCCCAUAUUGCAUAGUGAAGGAUAUGCUUGCAGUAUACGAUGAUACUUUG